AGUGGGCCAGCCAUGGCCUCAGUCUGCAGUGAGAGCAGAGGGAGACACACUGCACUUCAUAAGUCUCAGCUCUGAGCUGAAUGGCCUUUACGCCUGUGAGGCCUCCAACCCUUACGGACAAGCAACUGGCACUCAAUAUGUGCACAUCGCCUCCAGUGAGAACAGAGAGAGAAAAUAUAUUUAUAAAAAUAUGCGCGCACACACACAAUUCAUGAUGGUUUCUUUACUGGCUGCUUAUAAUUUCAUUGUUAUAUUAGGGACAAUUAUGCGAAAUGUGAUGUAGCAUGUAUACCAAAGUUGAGCAAGAUGCUCACUUAUAUUUCACUGCGUGUGUUAGUAUCAGACUUAUGGCCUCAUUCCUUUUUACAGGAAGGUUUCAAAACUAAGAUUGUCAUGAUUAGGGCUGUUAUGGUGACCGUAUUACCGCCACAACAGCGGUCAAAUUCCACGUGACCAUUUAGUCACGGUAAUUAGGCUUCUCCAAGCUCUGAUGCUGCUGAUGGUCAUUAGUAGCCUACCAAACUUGCUAACUGCCUGUACUCAGCACUCUAUUGUCCCUCUAAUCACUCUGAUACCAAUGCAAAUGUAAUCGAAAAUCUAAUCAAACACUUCAUGAGAGCCCAUGAGCUCAUGUUGCGCAACAUUUCUAUAGGCUAUGCAAUUGCGUGAGAACAGAGUGAUGGUCUAUUAAAAAGAGGAGGAUCCCAUCAGCUAUCUAUAGGCUUACUAUAUUUAUUUCUCAACUUUCCUAAUAUUAAGCACAUUGCUUCUCUUUACAACAGGAGUAUAGCCUACCUGGCUGGCAUGAAAAUGAACCAUGGGAAAAGCGUCCCCCAUUUGCAUUCUGCAAUUUUUCCCCCUGCCCCUGUUUCAAGACCGAUGCAUGAUAAUGUUGCAUUCUAAAUCAAAACAAAUUUCACACAUUAUUUAGUAUAUGUAAAGACGAGAUUAAAUCAAGAAUUGUCUGAUGGGUGACAAUAUUAGCCCAUCACUUGUGAAUGAUAUAUUUACAUUGACAUUUUAGUCAUUUAGCAGACGCUCUUAUCCAGAGCGACUUAGUUAGUGAGUGCAUACAUUUUUCAUACUGGCCCCCCGUGGGAAACGAACCCACAACCCUGGUGUUGCAAGCGCCAUGCUCUACCAACUGAGCUACAGGGGACUUAUAUUAUCACUUGUGAGUGAUGCCCAGCUUGUGUGCCUUUUUUUUGUUGCUUUUUCAAAUCAUAGUCGCACACCUCAUGUAGCCUAGCCCAUAUGCCUAUAUGUUCUGGCCAAAUAACUACUUAACAUUAACAUUAAGCACAUUAAUCCACUUUACAACGGGUGUAGAGCCUAACUGGCAUAAAGAAUUUCACCAUAAAAAUGCACCUUUAUAAUAAAAGCAUUCAUGCAUAAUCGCAUUUGUGGUCACUUUUGAGAAUGGUGUUUUCCCGCUGAUGGAACAUUCGUGCUUAUAGCCUACUGUCAUGUGCGCAUUGCUGCGCUUAUAAUGUGAAGAAAUAGCCUAAUAGUUUAUAAACAUUUUAAGCUAAAUGUUCUGAUCUGUUGUGUCAGCCUCAUUGCUUAAAAAAGUUUUUUUGAUGCUAGUGGUUAUAUUAAUUUGGGAUCUAUCCCAUCCCACAACUGUCCUAGACUAUGUUUGGAAUAUUUAUUUCUCGCACAGAUUAGAAUAGGUCAACUUUUGUACUAUGGGGGAUAAUAGAUUGGAUAAGGACGCGCGUGGUUGCGUCCCCGAUGCGUCUGUCUUUGUGUCCCCGAUGCGUCCCCGAUGUGUCUGUCUUUAGAACAUGUUGAUGUUCUAAAGGUCUGCAUCAGUGGCUUGUAGGCUAUGCCUGAAAGCCAGGAGAUGCUAAUAGUGUUCAUGCUAAUUAACGUCAAUCACCAUGAGGUCGGCAGUUAUUUGCUUGACAAUCACCGGCUGAAGAAAUGUCAUGACCGCCACAGCCCUAGUCAUGAUACACACUUUUCACUUACUGCAUAUGUACACAUAUUAUAACCUCCUAGCAUUAUCUCUUUGCUUUCUACAGGAAAGUGUUUGCAUUAGAGCUACGAUGAUUGCUAGGGCAUGUAUUGUAGUUGUAAAUGCAGCCUGUUUCUUAUAUUAACUAUAUCCCACCCCCUCACAGAUACCUCUGCUGCCUGUUGGGUUCUACUUGUUGUCAUUAUGUUUCUGACUGUUGCUGCUGCUGGACUCCUAUGGUAUCGGUGCAAAUACGGAAAAUGUAUUUGGUAACGUCAGCUUCUGAAACUCAAGUAUUGAAUUUUGCGUAGUGAAAAAUUUAUUUGUAUUGAAUGAUCAUACAUUGAUUUUGCUUUCAAAUCCAUGUUUUCUUUUUCUGGACUAUAUCCCAGGAGUUCAGUCAUGGGUGAUCACCAGUUCGAGGCACCAUCACA